ACAUUCUGUUGACCUUGGUUGAUCGUGAACUCUUCUGACUCAGGAUAAACAUUUGUGGAUUGGAACAGCGAUGCCAUAGCCUGGAUCUGUUUGCCAUAGGAGCAGAAGAACAGCACUGUUUAUUGCAGAGCUGUAGGAAACUUUAUAGGAACUGGUGUCAGUGGCAAUUUUUUUUGUUGAUUUAAAUGGAGUUUUGUUGGCAUGCCUAUAGCAACUUCCACUGAAAUAUCUCAGGAGUCUAAUACUGACUGGCAGAAGCAUGCCUCUGCUAUAUUAGAAGCUCCAGCUGGUGAGAGGGUUGCCAGGACACAGAAGCUGUCAGAGGUCCCUGAGGCAGAAGUCACUAACACAACAUUUCUAAAGAAGAAUGGGAUGCAACCAGAACUGUGGCCUGCUGACGGUGGCCAUCCUAGGAGCAGUUUUGGCCAUCUUUGGAGGUGUCUUGAUACCGCUUGGAAACUACUUUGUAGAGAAGACAGUGAAAAAGGAAACCAUACUUGAAAAUGGCACAGUUGCCUAUGAAAACUGGGUUGUGGCUGGCAGCCCAGUCUACAGGCAGUUUUGGAUCUUCGAUGUGCAAAACCCAGAAGCAGUGAUGGAAAAUGGAUCAAAACCUGUUCUCAAGCAGAGAGGCCCAUAUACCUAUAGGAUGAGAUAUUUACCCAAGGAAAACAUCACAUACCAUCCUGACUCCACAGUGUCUUAUUUCCAGCCAAAUAUUGCUCGCUUUGAGCCUGAUAUGUCAGUUGGGUCAGAAAACGACACCUUCACCAUGGUCAAUCUUGCUGUUGUGGCUGCACCUGCUUUAUAUCAAGCCGGAUUCAUACAGGCAAUGUUGGACAUCUGGAUAAAGUUAUCAAAAUCAAAAUUCCUCCAGACCAGAACUGUGAAGGAAAUACUCUGGGGCUAUGAAGACCCUUUCUUGAUGAAAAUUCCACUUCCGGGAGUUGAAAGAAAAGUUGGAGUAUUCUACCCUUACAAUGAAACACUUGAUGGGCUUUACAGAGUCUUCACUGGGAAAGAGAAUACAAGCUUGACUGCAAUUAUCCAUAGUUACAAAAACAAAAGCAUGCUUCCAUACUGGGGCGGUUACUGUGAUAUGAUCAAUGGCACAGAUGGGGCAUCAUUUCCCCCCUUUGUCAGCAAAAGUCAAGUACUGCAGUUUUUUUCCUCUGAUAUUUGCAGGUCCAUCUAUGGCAACUUUGACAGUGACCAAGUUGUGAAGGACAUCUCACUCUAUCGCUUUGUGGUGCCGCCAGCUGCUUUUGCAUCACCACUUAUCAGUCCUGACAAUAUAUGCUUCUGUACAGAUGAAGAGAUCUCAAAGAACUGUACAUCAGCCGGGGCACUGGACAUCAGUUCCUGCAAACAAGGGAAACCUGUGUUUAUUACAUUGCCUCACUUCUUGUAUGCAAGUGAAGAUGUAGGUGAAGGUGUUGAAGGAAUGAAGCCAAAUAUUCAAGAGCACAUGACCUUUCUAGAUGUAGAACCAACAACAGGAUUUACACUACAGUUCGCCAAAAGACUGCAAGUGAAUUUGUUAGUGAGACCUUCUACAAAAAUUACACCUUUAAAAAAGCUCAAAACCCCCUUUAUCUUUCCAGUACUUUGGCUGAAUGAGACAGCUGUUAUUGAUGACAAGAAAGCAGAGUUUUUCCGGGCGAAAGUGACAAAUAAGAUCAAAUUGCUACACCUUGUGGAAGCUGUGUUUAUCAUUGUAGGUGCUCUGAUAUUCCUAGGAUUCCUGGCCGCCUAUCUAAUAUGCAGAGCGCAGAAAUCAAAAUAGUUACUGAUCUCGACCAAAGGAGGGGAAUGAGCCUUCCUCGUGACCUUCCUUAGUGUCAUUGCUGCACUGUGCUUUGUAAGGUCAAGAAACUUUCGGAAGAAACUCUUGUCUUGGCAAGGCAAAUGAAGCAUGUCCUUCUUGGCCACUGGAAGCCUGUAGCAGGACCAAAGAGACAUUGCAUUGCUACCAGAAAGCCUAGCAUGAAGUUCGAACUGAUAAGGGUCUCUGAGGGCAUCUAAAUAUAACAUGUUCAUCCCAUGGAGAUCUUACUGGGAAUAAAACCUGUGCUACCAUUUAUGCCACUUCCUGGUGCCUCCCCACUGUGUUGCACUUGGGACUUCACAAAGGGCUGUUUAAACCACUUUUAGGGAAUCCAGCACUUCAUGAGGCACUCUGUCCCAUUGUCAAACAGCUCUCAUGGUUAGAAAGUUCUUCCUUAAUACUGAGUCACAACCACUGGGUCCUACUAAUGGUGAGUCAUAACUGUUGGGUCCUGCACUCUGGGGAUGGAGAAAACAAGCUAAUUCCAUGGAGCAGCAAAGUGGAAACAUUCAGAGAAGAAGGACAGAAGAACCAGCUGUUUAAACAGAUGUAAAUGAUCCCUUUGAUGUUUCUAACCUGUGAAAUCUAAGCAGAAAAACUGCAGCCAUAGAUAUUUUACACACACUGUCUAGUUUGCCCAAUUUUGUUGAAUUGGCAUUAAAAAUAUCUCUUGUUCUCUCUC